GAUGAUGGAUGUUAUUCAGAGUUUUGUGAUUUAAUCUCUCUCAGAUUUUAUCUUCUUUGUAUCACAUUUAUCUUGAUGAUGGAUGUUAUUCAGAGUUUUGUGAUUUAAUCUUUCUCAGAUUUUAUCUUCUUUGUAUCACAUUUAUCUUGAUGGUGGAUGUUAUUCAGAGUUUUGUGACUUGAUUGUUUUCAGUUUUCUUUAGGAUGUUGAUAACAGUGUCCUUAAACAGUUGUUUGGUUGAUGUAUGGCUUCCACAUCUUAAAUGUCAUUGACAAGUCACUUGGAUAGGCUAGUUGCUCUUCAUAUAUUUGGCAUUAGCUUUCAAGCAUACUUACCUUUUGUUUGUUAAUUGAAGCUAGUGAAAGGAUUGAGUUGUUCAUUUAGUAUAAAGUGAAACUAGUGAAAGGGUUGAGUUGAUUGUUUAGUAUAAAAGUGAAACACACUUACCUUUUGCUUGUUAAACUAAUUGAAACUAGUGAAAGGGUUGAGUUACUUGUUUAGUAUAAAAGUAAAGUACACUUCCCUUUUGCUUGUUAAAACCAAUUGAAACUAGUGAAAGGGUUGAGUUACUUGUUUAGUAUAAAAGUGAAGGACACUUGCCUUUUGCUUGUUAAAACUAAUUGAAACUAGUGACAGGGUUGAGUUACUUGUUUAGUAUAAAAGUGAAGUACACCUGCCUUUUGCUUGUUAAAACUAAUUGAAACUAGUGAAAGGGUUGAGUUGUUUGUUUAGUAUCAAAGUGAAACACACUUACCUUUUGUUUGUUAAAACUAAUUGAAACCAGUGAAAGGGUUGAGUUGAUUGUUUAGUAUAAAAGUGAAGUACGCUCGUCUUUUGUUUGUUAAAACUAAUUGAAACUAGUGAAAUGGGUGAGUUUUUGAAGUUUUUUCUUCAGUUUUAUUGACCUUUAUUAAAGUCAAUGUUAUUACAGGAGUGAUAGAUUUGAAUACCAAUUUUUAUUGAGGAAAACACUGCUCUUCUAUCCAAUAAUUUUCUCCUUGGUUUUAAAUAUUCUCGGGAGAUUAUCAAAACAAAAAAAGAAAAUAUAUAACUCUACAGAAGUCUCACUUUAUGGAAGAAUAUGUAAUAUUUUUUUUAUUCUCAGUCUGUAGUUGUACUUGAUUAUAGGUUUAGCACUGUAUUUGAGGAAAAUAAAGAUGAAACUGGGCUUAUCUGUUGAAGAAGUGUAAUUUCUUAAUAAGAAUUUGUAAUAUUGUGUUGGCAUAAAAAUACAGUUCCACUUUUUUAGGAACAGAAGAAAAUUAUUCAGUAGAAAAAGGAUCUUCACUCUCCAUCUUUGAUUUUAAAGUAGCAGAAAAAGAGCAAGAAGAGAAUUAUGAUUAUGAGCCAAAGAAAACUGGGGACACAUUUGUGAGAGUAAAAUCUAAGCAACCUGGUGAUUCACCACAAGAUGACAUUAUUUCUAAGUUCAGCGAGAGUGAUGAUGAAGUUCUAGAUUCUUCAGAACGUGAUGUUAUGAGUUUAAAAAAAGAAAAAGAAUUGACAGAAGAACUGGAACAACUUAAUUUUGAUCCAAAGAUCUACAUGAAAAGUGAUCAUGGAAUGCAAUUUCCUGGGUGCGAGAUUACAAGAAAGAAAUCUCUAUUAACAAAGACAAGAAAUUACAAAUCCCUGAAAACAGCUAGUGGUGAUGUGUGUGGCAAGAAAGACAAAGUUUCCCAAAGUGGAGAUAAGUCGUACAGGUGUGUUACGUGUGAUAAAAAAUUCACUUCAAACAGUAGCCUAAAAGAACAUGUGAAAACACACAUUGGAGAGAAAGUGUAUAGUUGUGUAGUGUGUGGUAAGGAGUUUGAAGGGAAUAAUAAACUUAAAAAACAUGAGAAAAUACACAUUGUGGAGAAACCAUACAGUUGUGUAGUUUGUAGCAAACUAUUUAGAACUAAUAGUCUUCUUAAAGUACAUCAGAAGAUGCACAAUCAGGAGAAACUGUACGGUUGCGUAUUUUGUGGCAAACAAUUUGGAAGAAAUAGUUAUCUUAAAGUACAUCUGAGAAUACACACUGGGGAGAAACCAUACAGAUGUGUUGUGUGUGGCAGAGAAUUUGCAAGAAGCAGUCACCUAGAAGAACACAUGAGGACACACACUGGAGAAAAACCGUACAGUUGUGUAGUAUGUGGAAAACAAUUUAGAACACAUACUCAACUUAAAUUUCAUCAAAAAAUACACACUAUGGAGAAACCAUACAUUUGUAUAGUGUGUGGCAAAAGAUUUAGAAGAAAUGACUGCUUAAAAGAACACAUGAGGACUCACACUGGUGAAAAACCUUAUAACUGUGAAGUAUGCAUAAAAAAAUAUACAACUAAAUGUGGGCUCAAAAAACACCUAAAGAUACACUCAGGGGAAAACCUUAUGUGUCAGUAUGGCAAACAAUUUGCAAGAAAUAUUGACUUAAACGACCAUGUGAGGAUGCACACUGGAGAGACACCACGUGUAAGAAAGCAGAACUGCUUCCAAACCAAAGAUAUGAUUGCUUGGACACCUGGAAAAGCUUUAGCAACAGCAGAAGCUGCUUCACAAGAAGAAUCUACACUUUCCAUAUUUGAUUUUAAAGUAUCAAAAGAAGAGCAUGAUGUGAUGUCAGAAGAAGCUGAGAACACACUUGUCACAGUAAAAAAUGAGCAACUUGAUGAUUCAUCACAUUAUGGCAUCGUUUAUAAGUUCAAUGAGACAACAGGAGAAGCUGCUUCUGUAGAAGAACAAUUUUUACACUCCAUCACUGAUUUUAAAGUACCAAAAGAAGAGCAAGAGAACAGUGAUGGAAUACUGUUGAAAACUGAGAACACAUUUGUUCAAGUAAACACCAAGAAUCCUGGUGAUUCGCCACAAGAUGGCAUUAUUUCUAAGUUCAGCGAGAGUGGUGACGAAGCUCUAGAUUCUUCAGAAGAAGAUGUUAUGAGUUGGAAAAAAGAAAAUGAACCAAAAGAAGAAAUAGAACAAAGAGAGAGACCGUACAGUUGUGUAUUGUGUGGCAAGCAAUUUAGAACUGAUGGCCAUCUUAAUUGUGAAGUCUGUGGCAAAAAAAUUGCAAGAAAUGGCAACCUAAACAGACAUCAGAGGAUACACACUGUGACAAAAUCACACGGUUGUGUUGUGUGUGGCAGACAAUUUAGGAAAAGUAGUAAUCUUAAAGCACAUCAGAGAAUACAUACAGGAGAGAAACAAUACAGUUGUGAUGUCAGUGGCAGAACAUUUGGAAGAAAUAGUAACCUAAAGAGACAUCUGAAGACACACACUGGGGAGAAACCAUACAAAUGUGUAGUGUGUGGUAAACUGUUUAUAAGUAAAGGUCAUCUUAAAGAACAUCAGAGAAUACAUAAUGGUGAGAAACCAUUCACUUGUGAAGAGUGUGGCAAGCAUUUUACAACAAACACUCACCUGAAGCAACAUGUGAGGAGGCACACUGGGGAGAAACCAUACAGUUGUGUAGUGUGUGAUAAAACAUUUGUAAGAAGUAGUGAACUCAAGAGACAUGAUAGGACACACACUGGGGAGAAACCAUACAGUUGUGUAGUGUGUGGUAAAGAAUUUAGAACCAAUAGUCAAGUUAAAAGACAUAAGAGUACACACACUGGGGAGAAACCAUACAGUUGUGUUGUGUGUGGCAAAAAAUAUACAAGAAAUACUCAUUUAAAGCAACAUGUGAGGACACAUGCUGGAAACACUCAUACACUCAUGUGCUGUGUUGUAAAGAAUUUGGAAGUAAUAAUGAACUUAAAAGACAUGAGGGAAUACACACUGUGGAAAAACCAUAUAGUUGUGUAGUGUGUGGAAAACAUUACAAUUUAGAACUGGUGGUUAUCAAACAGUAUACACUGGGGUAAAACAAUACAGCUGUGAAGACUAUGGCAAAACCUUUUUAAUAACUGGUAACUAAACAUCAGAGGGCAUACAUUGUGAAAAUAAUGGCUGGAGACGGCUUAAAUGGGUAAUGAAGAAAAACUUUAAUAU